ACUACAACCUCAUUUACACCUUUAGGGCUGCAACCACACGCCUCUCUCUCAUAGCUAGUAGUUCCCCCUCUCUCUAUAAUAGUUCCCCCUCUCCCUCCCAUCCACAUCUCUUCCCAGCCCAGCUGCCCCUCCACCAUGGGAGACCCCUACACCAAUUUCCUCAGAGGCUACUACUCCCACUUUCCUCGCAGCUCCAACCCUCCCCCUGCAGCCUUCUUCUCCAGCUACGCCUCCUCCAACCUCCACCCGCCUCCCCCCUCCCCUCCCACCAGGGAAGCCCUCCCCCUCCUCAGCGGCCUCACGCCGUCGUCAACAACCCAUCACCACCACCAACACCACGACGACGUCCAAGGUCAGAAGGAUGCCUGCAACUGCAAGCUCGUCACCUCCUGCAACAGCAGCAGCGGCCAAGAAGCAGCCGAUCAGGCCGGGGAGGUCACGGUGGCCUUGCACAUCGGCCUGCCCAGCCCCAGCCCCUCUGAGUCGUUGGCAGCGGCAGCCAGUUCGGAGAACCGAGAAGGAGCAGGGGCGUCGGCGGCAGAAGGGAGGAGCCAGCAAGAGGAAGGCCAUGAAGGAGAAGCGGAGGAAGGGGAGGAAGCCAUGGCGGUGGGCUGCGCGUCCAUCGGGAUCGGGAGGCUGACGAAAGGGCAGUACUGGAUACCCACCCCGUCGCAGAUCCUCAUUGGGCCCACCCAGUUCUCCUGCCCCGUCUGCUACAAGACCUUCAACCGAUACAAUAAUAUGCAGAUGCACAUGUGGGGGCACGGGUCGCAGUACCGGAAGGGGCCGGAGUCGCUGCGGGGCACGCAGCCAACGGCGAUGCUGCGGCUGCCGUGCUACUGCUGCGCGGCGGGGUGCCGGAACAACAUCGACCACCCGCGGGCGCGGCCGCUCAAGGACUUCCGCACGCUGCAGACGCACUACCGCCGGAAGCACGGCAUCAAGCCCUUCAUGUGCCGCAAAUGCAGCAAGGCCUUCGCCGUGCGCGGCGACUGGCGCACUCACGAGAAGAACUGCGGCAAGCUCUGGUACUGCGCCUGCGGCUCCGACUUCAAGCACAAGCGCUCGCUCAAGGACCACAUCCGCGCCUUCGGCCGCGGCCACGCCGCCUGCGGCAUCGACUGCUUUGACGACAUCGAUGAUGAUGACUGCGAUCCCUCGUCAGAGAUCGACCACGCCACUACCAGCACUAGUACCACUGUCGCCGCACCGGCCGCCGCCGGCAAUGCUCACCACCUCUGGACGCCGCCGUCGAGAGGCUCAGGCGACCAGCCACUAUAGGGUGAGUACGUACGGCACUUUACGUAGCCAACAUGCAACGUAUACUUGUGUGUGUGAGGUGUGGCCGGAAAGAGCUGAGUAUAGGUAGUGCAACAAAGCAAAGGGUUUUUCAUUAAUCGACGAACAUAUAAGCAGGAGGGGUUGAUGCAUGCAUAAUGCAUGCUUAAGGUUCUAAUUGUUUGGGUAGCCCGUAGCCUAGCUAGCUUCAUUGUAUGUGUAGACUUGAUGUGGUAUAUGGUGAGUUAUUGGUGAUAUAUACAGAUUGUUAACUUGAGAGAAUAAUGCAUCUUGCACAUAUAUGCAUGCAAGUGAUGCAGAUCCUACUAUAUAGUAGUAGCACAUGUCCUGGUAUUUUUGUCUUUGUUUUUGGGAUUUUUCUUCUUUUAUUUUAGCAUGAUAUAUAAUUUAUGGAGGUACGGUGUAACCAAAUUGUUGAGAUGGCUGAAAUUUACAGGUGAUCAGAUGGAGUAAAUUCAUGCAAAAUGCUGACAUAUAAUUUGAGAUUUUUCUUUGCAAAAUGCACGCAAAUAGAAUGCAAAUAAUUAAUCUCCUAGACUGCUUAGACUUUUGUGCAUGCUGCAUGUAAACCAGUUGGUCCCUGAGAGACUCUGAAGUAUAUAUGAAUUUCCUGUAACUAAAUGAU